CAAUUCGUGCCAGAAUAUUUUCGCCUGAAGUCCGUGUCGGAACUCUUACUGCUGCUGUAGGCACACGCGCGGGCGGGCAGUCCUGGCCAUGACCUGUAGAACAUGACUGCUCGGUGAAACAAACUGCAGCUGAUGCUAUCAGUAUUGGGGCGUAGGGAUACGCGGGAGGGGUGAAGGCGCAAGCGCGGUCGCCACCAUGCGACCUGUGACAGCCGCAGCGGCGUGUCUCUUGUUGGUGCUAUGUCGGCUGUCGCUGGGGCUAGAAUCUGUCCCACGAGACACGCCAUGGUCAUCUGGGCCAGACCUGCCGCUGGAGUCUGCAUUGCAUUGGCUGGGCGCUGAUGCGGACGCCGAGAACGUCGUUUCGGCAGACACAGGGGAUCACCAUGGCCGCCAGCUGCUCCAGGUCGGGGCGGGUGCGACUGGCAGGGACCUCGAGCGGCGGUGCAGGUCCACACGCGGCGGCUGGUGUGGCAAGCUGGACGCACUGGCGCCAGUGCCUCUGAAGCCUGCCCUCCGGGGGAACAAGACGUGUCCAAGAAACUGCAGCGGGGUCGGGAAUUGCAACUACGACACUGGCACAUGCGACUGCCCUGCAGGCUCCCAGGGCGUGGACUGCGGCACUGUGUUGCUGCGCCCAUGCACCACUGCCUUCCGCCACACGGGCGACACGCCUGUGGGGCACAUUGACGACGAGGGCCGCGACCUAAACUGGCGGGAUGAGGGGUACACAGAGUCGCGCUGCACAGGCAUCUGCGACCCAGUCACGGCCCGCUGCUUCUGUGAUGGCAAGUACCGCCGUGUGAACCCACCCAAGGGGUCACUGCCUGGCACCCCUGCGCCUGUUCGGGGCCGGCCCUUGGGAAACCACUUGUGCCAGGUCAGCGAUGACGGUAAAGGCCACAAGCUGGAGUGGGGGCAGGUGCCUUUCGAGCAGAUCUAUGGCCCGGACGGCUGGUGCAACUCCGACCAGCCUGUUAUAAAGUGUGGGUGCAUGUUUGAUGGCUUCGCUGGCGAGCUGUGCGAGGAGGUGACGGAGACCAUGUGCGUGAACCAGUGCUCGGGACACGGCGACUGUGAUAGCGGCUUCUGCAAGUGCCACCCGGGCUGGUACGGCACCGACUGCGCGCGCAAGGCAUCUGGCCUGGCCAUGGAGCCGGGCCUCCAUGUCAGUGGCACACGGCCGUGGCUGGCCGAGACAGUGGUGGUAUCUCCGGAGGCCGCCGCCGCCUCAGCCGCAGGUGCCUCAAUGGCGCGCGGGUCCGGCGCCAUGCCGCUGCAUGGCGCUGCGCGAAGACCGUUGAUCUAUGUGUACGACCUGCCGGCCGCCUACAACUCCCGCAUGCUGCAGUACCGCAAUGACAGGGGUAUGUGCACCUGGCGCGCCUUUGGUUCCCGCAACCACACCGAGACGUUUGCCUGGACGUACGGCCUGGAGGUUCUUAUGCACGAGAUGCUGCUGCAGAGCGAGCACCGCACCUUUGACCCCGAGGCGGCCGACUUCUUCUACGUGCCUGUGUACGGCAGCUGCUUCAUCUUCCCGCUGCACUGCUACGCGGACGGACCCUGGUGGUAUGCGCCCUCCGGCCCCCGGGUCAUGCAUGUGACCAACAUGAUGCUGGAGGUCAGGGACUUGAUCCGAAAACAUUUCCCUUACUGGGACAGGCGGGGUGGCCGGGACCAUAUCUGGCUUAUGACUCAUGAUGAAGGAGCCUGCUACGCGCCUUCAGAUAUCUACGGGUCGUCCAUCUUCCUCACGCACUGGGGUCGCCGCGACUCUGACCACAAGUCCAACACUGCGUUCACGCCUGACAACUACACACAGGAAUAUGUGCACCCCAUGCAGGACAAGGGCUGGCUACACCUGAUUGAGGGUCACCCGUGCUACACACCUGGCAAGGACCUGAUAGUCCCCGCACUGAAGCUGCCACAUCACUUCAGUGGCAGCCCACUUCUGUUCCAUCCACCGCGUCCACGGGACAUCCUGUUGUACCUGCGCGGUGAUGUGGGCAAACAUCGGCUGCCCAACUACAGCAGGGGCAUUCGGCAGCGGUUGUACAAGCUGUGGAAGGAUCAUGACUGGCAGAACAAGUACAAUGCCAUGAUUGGCGACGGCAGCGACGUGCCAGGUGGUUACUCUGAGCACCUGGCCAGCUCCAAGUUCUGCGUAGUGGCGCCAGGCGACGGCUGGUCGGCGCGCCUGGAGGACGCAGUGCUUCACGGGUGUGUGCCGGUCAUUGUGAUGGACAAUGUGUCGGCGGUUUUUGAGGAGCAGCUGGACUUCAACAGCUUCAGCAUCCGUGUGGGCGAAGCAGAGGCGGAGCUGGCGUACCUGCCGGAAAGGCUCAAGUCAGUGCCGCCCAGGAUUCUGGAGGGGAUGCAGAAGAAGCUGCGCACUAUUUGGCACCGGUACGCCUACGUCAGCCACCCACUCAUUGCCUCUGAAGCCCAGCGGGUGAUCGACAACAAUGUGGCCAUGUGGCGUCAGAAAAUCCUGGCAGACAUGGCGGCCGGGACUGCUGGGCCGGAAGCGGCAGAGCGACUGACAACACGGCUGGGUGACAGAGCCACAUAUCCUGUGCAGGAUGACGCAUUCCAUACUAUUCUGCAGUGGCUUGCAUCCCGAAUAGCAGACACUAGAUGAUCGACAGUCAUGAAUGCUGAGUGAGCUUCCAAUGGUAGCAGGAGGUAAGGUGCGUGGCGCGGGGUUUUGAGCAACAGGCAAAUACGCAGCUCGUCACCUUAGCGGGCAUGGUAUGUGCGCGACCGGUUUAGCGGCAGGACGCUCGCAGGCUUGCAGUGUUACCUUGAAUAACCCCAGCAUCUGCGGGUAUGCUGCGUGUGAGGAUAUGUACAUGUGUUGCUGGAGAUGCUUGAAGGAAAUAAAUUCGCACAAUGCCAGAAGAGGUUGUCGGAGCUAGCAGGCAGCACGUGUUGUGUGUGUGUGUGUGGGGGGGGGGGGGCAACAGUCGAAACCAUUUGAUGGUGUUACCAUAUAAGGAGUAGGAACACGCCCCUUACAAGGGGGAGACAAUAAGUAGGGGCGCCGAGGAGGGGACCAGCGCCAGGGCAGGACACACACAUGUUCACAAGGGAAAAGGCAAACGGUAUGAGCGGAAAGGCGCACAAGAGACAAGUGUU